AUGAUGUUGUUUAUAUGGUUCUUCACUGUGCUGUUUCCAUUAACGAACGGACCUUGGAUGAUUUCCGUUCCCAAAGGAUUUGGCAUGGAAGAAGACGCUGUGGAAGUGUGCCAGAAGUACUGGUGGCGGAAUAUGCUAUACAUCAACAACCUCUUUGGCCACGAGACUGAGUGCUAUGGAAUCUCGUGGUAUCUUGCCGUUGAUACGCAACUCUAUGUGGUCGCUCCAGUAUUCUUAAUGGCCUUGUAUAUAUCGCCUCUCAUAGGGGCUGCCCUCCUGGUCCUGUGCUGUGCAGCAAGCGUUGCGUAUACCUACGUGAUCACGUUCCGCGAUAAUCUGCCUGCUUCUGAACUCGUGGAAACAAUUUUUGCGAGAACAGGUCUAUUCUUCGACGAGUUUUACGAAAUGCCAUGGGUGCGCUGCACACCUUAUCUCAUCGGACUGGGUGUUGGCUAUGUUCUCGCUCGACUGAGAGGCAGAAAGCCUAGAUUGAACUGGGUACGCUUCUAUAAUCAAAGAUGUUCUAUAGAAGUGGCACAAGAAGUUACGCCCAACCAGAUGUCGUAUUUAAGGUAA